AUGUCAAGAAAUCUCAAUAACAAUCCAGCUGACAAUACUUUUGGUGAAGAACCUUUUGUGAAAAGCUUACCAAGAAAUAUCAAUAAUAUAAGGACAAUAAUUCUGCAACACUCACAGAGAAUAAUGAACAAUCAAAGACCACUGACACCAAAGAGAGCUUGGUUGAAUCUUGAAGAUAAUUCAUUGUGUAGAACUCAUAAUAUCCAUGAUGUAUACAAGAAACUUGAUAUCAUGAAUGGUGUCUUAAACGCUGUUUUGAAGAACACAUCUUCUGAGAAAGCUGAAGCCACUGCGAGUAAUGCAGUUGAUUCCAAUUGGGCACACUUUGUGAACAGCUUUGGGGAGAAUGUCGACAGUAUUCUCUAUGCUGAUUACAUGUCAGACCUUGAGAGUGAUGAGGAAAGAGAAAAAGAGAAACAGGAUUUGUCCUCAGAAAAGAGCUUUUUUUUUGGAGAUUCUGCCCAAGCUGGAGAAGCAAAGAGAUAUAGUACAAAAAACUAUUCUUCGGAAUGGUAUGGAGAUAGGUUCGUUGAUGAACUUGAUGUAGAUUAUGAGGCAGCUCAUGAUAAAAGAAAUAAUACACAUCCAUUUGAGCAUAAAUUUAAAGAAAUAAUAGAUAAGCAGCUUAGCAGGACUAAGGCAAACAAUCUGCUAUCAUGGUCAAAGAAACAAUAA